AUGGCUGGUAUUCACAAAAUUGCUGACAUCAAUCCUACAAUCGAUAAUUUGUGUGUACGUAUACGAGUGAUACGGUUAUGGACACUACCAAGUUACGGAAAUUCUCCAUUGCCAUACUCAAUUGAUAUGGUUUGGCUCGAUGAAGACGGAGGAAAAAUACACGCCUCAGUUAAGAAGGCUUUUGUGUCUCGAUUCGUAAAUUUGCUGGAGGAAGGAAUAUCUUACCAAAUAAGAUAUUUUGGUGUUGGACUCAAUAAGGGUUACUUCAACACUACACAUCAUGAAUACGUGGUUAAUUUAAACCAACGUACUGAUGUGCACAGACUUCCAGAAUCGUCGAGUAUCCUACGAUAUGGAUUUAAGUUUGUGAGUUUUGACACUCUCAAUGCUCUUGGGUAUGAUUGCACCUAUUUAGUUGAUGUUGUUGGAUAUCUUGCUGGAAUUGGAAAUGAGAAGACUCUUGAAAAGGAUGGCAAAUUUACCAAAUAUACUGUUAUCGAAUUAGAGAUUGAUGAUGGCUUUGUAAGAUUUGAAGAAUCUAGAGGUAAUAUCGGCGGAAUUCCAAAUGAGGCUGCAUUCUUAAAAAUUUAUCAAGGCAAAACCAUCGAACAGUUAAAAGAAUUCGAUACGAAUUCUAUUUGUGUUGUCUUGGCUACUAUAAGUCAUAUUAUGGAUACUCCAGACUGGUGGUACAGCCAAUGUGAAUGCAACAGGUAUCGAAUAAAGCUUGGUGUCAUUGAUGAUUCUGACUGUGCAUGUUUUGUAGUCUUUGACAAGGAGGCAAAACAAGUUUUGGGAAAGAGCUGUGUAGAGAUACUUAAUCCACUCCUAUUGAAAGGAGAUCUAUCGGAUACACCUACACUUUUGCUCAACCUAAUUGAUAAGACCUUUCUCUUCAUCGUUGAAGUUCAAAUAUCUGAUAAUCCACAUUUUUCACCUUCUUAUAAAGUUAAGAAGAUGACUGAUAAUGUGGACCUCAUAAAUAAAUUCAAAGAGGCUCACCCUAUUCAAAUUGAUGUUGACUAUACCGGUGGUUUGCUUCCAAUUUCAAAGACAUCCUCAAUCAUUGAAGGAGAGAAAGUAGAAGGUGCUAAGAAUUUGUUGCUUGAAUUCUCCAAUGAAGUUGCUGCCAAUGAUGAAUCCGAAUUGUUGGAAAAUGCUAUUACACCAACUAAGCGAUUAUCCUCGGAGUCGGAAGAAUCGAAGGUAGAAGGAGAUACCUCAACUUCCAAGAAGAUCAAGAUUGAGAAAGAAACUUGA